AUGCCUGAAGCCUUUGUCGUCGUUGAAGCCAGCUCUUCGGUCGGCUCUACCUUCAUUCUCGCACGCCUAUCCUCUCUCCCCGGGUAUGCUCUUCCAGAGAUCUGUCUCUUCCACCGUGCCUUCCCAAGGACACCAGAAGGGUUGGUGGACUUCGAGCUUCUGGAGAAGUACGAUCUAUCUCAGGUUAACUGGAGAAUAUCUACCCACUCCCUCCGUGUACGCGUUGCGACAUUGAUGCUGGGCUACUCAACAUCGAACCCGCCAAUCACACCCGAAUCCGACUUUUUAUCCUUAGAGGGAGUUCCCUUCUGUUGGAAAACUGUCUUAUCAGCUGCGAAAAUGUACUGGGGUCGAUGUGGGGAUCACAUCGUUAUUCACCAACAGCACGAUCGUUGGUAUUUUGUGCUCCUCUUCGCUCGACGCUCGGUAUGA